GGCGGCGCAGGCGCUCACGGCCGGGGCCCUCAUGGGAGCUGGGGAUGUGAUUGCACAGCAGCUGGUGGAGCAGCGGGGGCUGCGUGGGCACCACUGCACCCGCACCCUGAAAAUGAUGGCCAUUGGCUUCUGCUUUGUGAGCUGGAGCAGGGCCAUGUAACCAGCCCUGGAGCCCCCCAGCCCUGACUCCUGUGACCAGUGAGGACAGAUGCUGCUCCUCACCCGCUGGCUCCUGCAGGGCCCUGUUGUGGGCAGCUGGUACAGGAUUCUGGAUUGGCUCAUCCCAGGGAAUACGAAAGUUGUGGCUGUGAAGAAGGUGAUCCUGGACCAGGGGGGUUUUGCUCCGUGCUUCCUUGGCUGCUUCCUGGCUGUCACCGGGGCCACCAACGGGCUGUCGGUGCAGGAUAACUGGUCCAAGAUCCAGCAGGACUACAUGGAUGCCCUGAUGACCAAUUACUGUAUCUGGCCACCCGUGCAAAUUGCGAACUUCUACUUUGUGCCUCUGCAGCACAGGCUGGCCGUUGUCCAAUGUGUUGCCAUCGUCUGGAACUGCUACCUGUCCUGGAAAGCGAAUCGGAUGUGAGACAGAAGCCGUGUCCCAUCCCUGUCCCCGGCCUGUGCGCUGCCUGUCCCCAGUCCGAGGGGGGCACAUGUGGCCGUGGACAGGCUGGGACACGCAGGCUCCUGCCAGCAUCCAUCCUGCUCUUUCCUCGGGGGAGCACCAUCCCCUGUGGCCACAGCCCCCACUGCCCCAGGGAGAAGACGGUGCCAGGACAGGCCUGGAUCCGCUCUAGCCGUGCUGUGCAGCAGCUCUGCCCGCGAUGCGCUUCUCCAGCUGUGCUCAAGCAUUCCCGAGCCCUUGCCUGCACGCAGGGUGCUCCUGCCCCGAGUGUCGCUCUGACCUUCCCCGUGGCACGCCCUGAGGGACAAGAGGAGAGGGAAUGGAGCGGGGCUGGCCCUGGGCUGGCUGUGCCGUGGGCACAGAACUGGUGUCACUGCAGGCUGAGGGUGCUCCCCCUGAAGACGGGGUUUGCUGUGGCGGUGCUGUGGACAGUCGGAGCAUCAAUAAACUGUGAUCUUCA